GACAAGUAUUGUCCAAGGACAUUGGACUAACUUUAUUUUAACUACUCCAACUCCAGUAUUUAUUUCAGCCAAGUUUACUGGGGAAGCUAAACAAAAUGCUAACAAUAUUGCUGCAAAUAUUGAUGAAAUAUUAAUUACUCUUGAUGAAAGAAAAUUAUCAGCAGUUAUAACUGACAAUGCUCCAGUAAUGAAAUUAACAUGGAAGAUACUUGCUGAAAAAUAUCCAAAAAUUUUAUUUAUGGGUUGUUUAGCACAUGGAUUAAAUUUGUUAGCAGGCAAUGUUUCAAAAUUAGAAUGGGCUAAAAAUAUAAUUAUUAAUGCAAAAUCUAUUGUUAAAUAUUUUAAAAACCACAUUAUUCCAAAUGCAAUCCUAAAAAAAUAUCAACGAGCAACUUAUGGAGCAAAUUAUUGCACAUUAAAACUUCCUGUUAAAACUAGGUGGGGGUCUGUAGCAACUUGUUUGUCCUCAUUAAAAAUAAAUCAAUUGGCUAUUAAAUUAUCAUUAACUGAAAUUCUAAGAGGCUCAGAUAUAUUUAUUGAUGAAAUGAUUAAAAAUAUUAUUCAAAGUGAAGAUUUUUGGGAACAAACUACAGAGCUUUUGAAUAUACUUGAUGAAAUAGUACAAGGUAUCAUAAUUUUUGAAAGUGAUGAGCCAAAGCUUUCACAAUUUUAUGAAUGGUAUGAAUCAUUGGAAAACUCUGAAGUUGCUCAUUUAUUAGAUCCAAGAUAUUUUGGAAGAAGAUUACCAGGUGAUGGAAUAAAUGAAAUUUCAGAAUUUAUUAAUAAAUAUUUUCCUGAAGAUUCAAUUAUUAUUUAUAGUCAGAUUAUGAAUUAUAGAGCAAAAUCGGGUUGUUUUAACAAUAUUUUAGCAUGGAAUACUAUAGAAAGUGUUGAUCCUGUUACUUGGUGGGUUGCAAACUUUGCAGAAUCAGCACCUGAAUUGACACAAAUUGCACAACGUAUUUUAACCAUACCAACAUCAUCUGCUGCAUCUGAACAUAACUGGUCAGCAUUUGCACAUAUUCAUGACAAAAAAAGAAACAGAUUAAGUAAUCAAACUGUUUUCAAAUUAGUUUAUAUAUAUAGCAAUUAUAAGUUACAAAUGCCUGCAGAUAAUAGAAAAAAAAUUAAAAAAAAAUGCAUUGAUGAAUUAGGUGUAAAAAAUAAUGUAAAUCAAUAUUGUAUUGAAAAUGAAA